CACUUCUCGCGAGACUGGAAUAGUGCACGAGAAUUGUGAAAAUGGCACAAGCAGUGGACGAAAACACACAUGGAUCUCAGACAGAAUCAGAACAGCGUCUUCCAGACGUCUUUGAUGACAUUUGGAAGUUAUAUGAAUCUGUGGAUAAUACCCAAGAAUCUAGUAGUUCCAUGGUCAUCCAAGGCAAGGUAAAGGAAGGCAUUGGUUUAUGUGAAAAAGCUAUACUGAUGAUUAACCAGCUCAGUCUCUUCAGUGAGAACGAGGAACUCCAAGAAGUUGCAACACAAGACAUAAAAUAUUUAGUAGUUCCAGCAAUAUUAGCCUACUUUACAAAUCUUCAGACCAAAGGAGACAGACAAGAAAUUGUGGCAAAGGCUCAGACAUAUUAUAAAGACUUUAUGAGACUGUGCAAGUUAUAUGGGGUGACAGAUGUAGAUGUCUCGGACAAAGACAGAGAAGAAAACCAAGAAAACACAAGGCCUCAACAUCCCCCAGGAGCUAGAGGUAUUCCACCAGACCUGAUUGGCAUGGCAAGGUCACGACAGAGUAAAAUUGAAAGAUUUAAAAAACAAAAAGCAACGGAAAGUAAACUGAAAGAAUUAUAUGAAAAAGUAAAGGAGCCACACAUUGAUGAUGAAGUCAAGAGGGAGUAUUAUACAACACUAUUGAACAAAUGGGUCAACUCAAGCUUGGAUGAACUAGACAGUAUAGAAAUGGAACUUACCCUCUUAGCAGGGAGAUCUAAAAUGGGAGGAAGAGAGGAAUCGGGAGAAAUGUCAAAGGAAACCAAAAAAACACAGCAAAAACAGUCUUUUAGGCCUUUUAUCAUCACAAAGAAUGAUCUGCAGAAAAAAGUGUUUGGUAUGGGUUAUCCAGGGGUCCCCACGUACACUCUAGAUGAGUUUUAUGAGCAGACAUAUAAGAAUCUCCAACCAGAGCAGCAAUCAGGGCCAAGCAUGCAGGACAUGGCUAAUGAUCCAGAGCUUGCUGCAACUGCAGACGAACAAGCAGCUAUUGAAAAAGAAAGGAAAGAAGAGAUGGAUGACCCUGAAGAAUUAGCUAAAGCAAGAAACUGGGACGCUUGGAAAGAUGACCACAGAAGAGGAGAAGGGAACACCACAAAUAUGGGUUAAUGCUCAUCAGUAGAAGGUCUUCAGUAUACAGAGAAAGGCAAACGAUUCCAAAACCAUUCUCAGACUACAUUGAAUAUAUUCGCAGCAGCUGAUUUUUCCAUUGGCUUGUCUGGUGCUGAAAAUUGCCGACUUGUAUAUUUGCCUUCGAUGCCAUAAUUUUCGAAACAGAACUUUAUACAGGCCAUAUUCAAAAUUGACAUUUUUAAGAAAUCAAGAUUCUCCUGAUGUUGUUGCAUGUCAUUCUUUAACCAUUCAUGUUGAAGUUUAUUUGCACCCGAGGCGAUUUCUCAGAGUACAAUCAUUUAGUUGCACAAAUUGAACUGAUCUCUCUGAUAUUGCAUAUAGUAUCAUACCAUCUAAAUGUACCAAGUGAGCUUGUCUGGAGUUAGUCAUUUCAGGGAUGAGACCAGUCCUCACUGAAAUAGUAGGAAAAUUGGCUGGGGCCAGGGCACAUGAUUCAAAAGAAUGAUCCAAAUGACCCUGAAAAAGUCGAAAUUCCGACAAAAGUCCGAAAAAUGUCUCAUCAGUGUUGAUUGUAUGUAAAUGGCCUUUUCAGCACAAAAUGAUUGUAGACAAGUGAUUUUUCUUUUCCUGUCAUAUUUAGUCAGCUUCGUGAUGAAAAACCAACUAAGAAGUGACAUUUCUUCUUAUACAUAUUCAAUAAAUUGAACAAUCAAAAUGCUG